ACCAUUCCCAUUGCCGUCAGAAAAAUUCCCAAAAGGAAGGAAUAAUCCGAACAUGUUGUCUAUUUUCUAAAGUGCAUAUCUGCAAGUAAACAAAUAAAACGAGCACUGAAACUGAACACUCCAAGCUAAAAUGUAUGAAGAAUAAUAAUUGAAGGCUCUGAUUCUCAAUACUGGGCCAGCGAGGGAAGACUUAGACGGAAGACAUGACGAGUGUGACUGCCUUUGUGGAGGGAUGGGACUUUGUUCAGACCCUUGGGGAAGGGGCUUAUGGCGAGGUAAAGCUGGCAGUGAACAAUGAGACGCAGGAGGCCGUGGCUGUAAAGAUCAUCAACCUGGAGCGCAUGCCACAGGCAGAAGAGAACGUACGCAAAGAGGUGUGCGUUCACAAGAUGUUGAAGCACGACAGCAUCAUCAAGUUCUACGGUUUCCGUAAGGAUGAGAACAUCCAGUACAUUUUCUUGGAGUAUGCAAGCGGUGGGGAAUUAUUUGACCGAAUAGAGCCUGACCUGGGAAUGCCAGAAGUUGAUGCAUCACGAUACUUCAAACAGCUCAUAAUGGGGGUAGAGUACCUUCAUGAGCGUGGUGUCACCCACAGGGACCUGAAACCAGAAAAUCUCUUACUAGAUGACUUUGACAACCUUAAAAUAUCAGAUUUCGGACUCUCAACAGUGUUUAGGUACCAAGGUCGCGAACGGUUGUUAGAAAAGUGUUGUGGGACAGUGCCUUAUGUGGCCCCUGAAGUGAUAAGCCGGAAACCGUACCACGCUGAACCCGCGGAUAUUUGGUCGUGUGGAAUCAUACUCGUAGCGUUACUUGCAGGCGAGCUUCCCUGGGAUGAGCCCACAUACAGCUGUCAGGAGUACUGUGACUGGAAAGACUGCAAGAUCACCAUCAGUCCAUGGAACAAGAUAGAUACACUGGCCUUGUCGUUAUUGCGCAAGGUUCUGGUGGAGAACGCCAGUAAGCGGCGAACAAUAGAGCAGAUCAAAAAACAUCAGUGGUACAACAAGAACUUCAACAAACACAGAGGAGCCUCAGGCUUACAGUCCGGUUCCCCAAGUGACUCCCCAUGUGGAACCAGGCCUUUCAAGCGCCAGUGCACCGACCAGGACGGUGACCUAUCGAGGAUCUGCAGCUCCCAGCCAGAGUUGCCCCCCGUGCAGCCCCGCAGUCAGCUGUCCAGUCUUGACGACCUGGGUCCCGCUAUCAGCUUCUCCCAGCCCCUUCAUCCCGAUCACAUGGUGCUGUCUCAGUUCCCCUGCACCCCUGGCAACUCACAGACCCCAAUGCAGAAACUUGUUCGGCGCAUGACAAGAUUUUUUGUUAAAACUGACAAGACGGAGACCCUAGUUGAGCUGGAUCGUGCCUGCGAGACCCUCGGGUACUCUGCUCGCAGGGGAAGCCCUGGUUUUACGACAAUAAGUACAAAGGACAAGAGAGCUAUGCCACUGGUGUUCAAAGCCUGCCUGAUGGAAAUGGGAGAGAAUCUGCUGCUGGAUUUCAGACUGUCAAAGGGCGAUGGGUUGGAGUUCAAGCGCCACUUCAUGAAGCUUCGUCAUCACAUGAAGAAAGUGACCAGUCGAGUUCCGCCACAGUUUCCUCUGGUGCCAACGCAACAAUCACAACCAGUCUUGUGAUGGAGCAAAACAUUUGGGAACUUGGCUUGAUUGACAUGCGGUGGUUUUCAUAGAGGGCUAGUGAUUUUCCAUUUAUUCCUCAGAAUACCGCCUUCACAGUGUGGAUGCAUGAUAGUUGUUUGUUCUCAACUUUGAUAGUUGUGAAAGUCGACUGGCUUGGUUAGAACUGUAUGGAUAUUUACCUCCCCUUGAGGUGCUCCCGUUAUCAUAUCAAAAACAUAUCAGGAACAUACUUGCAAGAACUAUUGAAAUUGUGUUACUGCUUUUGAAAAGCGUCUUCAAACUAAAGUGAAGCGCUUUUUGGGGCAUAAUUUUGUAGCCGUUAUUGGAUCAUUUUCUCAAUCGCAACAAGUAUAUGUUUGACCCAAAUCCAAUCCAAUCAUUUCCAAUUGUUUUUUUUCCUUUCGGUGUUUAGUAAUGGAGAUGAUUAGUCUAGAACUGAAGAGUUUUAAAGUUAUGAUAUAAUUUAACUGAUACGUUUAAGUUUGGAAUUUACUGGUUUAUGUAAGUUUCGUCACUAAGAGUUCAAAAUUUAUAAAUCAAACUAUUUAUUUCCCAAUUAGGAAUAAAUUGAAGCUAAAUAUUCACAUUUUACAGGUAGAGAUCAUACUCCCAAAAAGAUGAGAAAAGGCACUGGAAGUUAAACAUUUAAUCUUGUAAUUUUGUAGGAUCAAUGUAAUUUAAAGACUGUGAAAAUUGUGUUGUCAGAAGUUUAAAUGGAAACAAACAAAUUAAUUACUAAUUUGCAUAGCAAUUUGUAAGGUCUCAGUGAUUUAUGUCAGAGAUUGACUUAUUUGUUUGUUGCCGUUACCAGAACUUUAAGUUUGAAAGAUUUUGCUGCCACAGUAAAUGUCAGUGAUGAUUUGCACAACGAUAUCUGUAAAAUGUUGUGCUUAAUCGUGGAUGUACAUGAUUCAAUGCUGUCUGAGUUGUGUCAACAGGGGUUUUACUGCUAUUUAUGAAAGGAGGUAAAACGUACCUGAUCCCUAUGCAAACAGACCUGAUCCCAAACCAAAAAUGUAUAAAUAAAAUCCUUAUUUAUUUUUAUUUUUUUCGAAACAAGUGUCUAAAGAUUAUUACAUCACAAUUUAUUUUAUUAACAUCUAAUAAAGUAUAUAACUUUUUUUUUAUUAUGUUUUCCUAAUUUGAAUUAUUAUAAAGAGUUAUUGUCCCCUACCGGUUUCACUGCUCUGUGUGUCAGUCAGUCUGUCUGUCUGUCCGUCACACUUUUCUGGAUCCUGCGAUAACUUUAAUGAAUUUUUUUCAUGAAACUUGCAACAUGGAUAGAUGGCAAUAUGGACAUUAUGCACAUCAUUUCAUUUUGUUCCUACGUCAAAAAUUGUGGUUGCAAUGGCAACAAACAAAAAAAAAAUAAUCUGAAAAUGGUUGGAAUUUCUGACAAUGGUGGAGCAGGUAGGGGACCAAAUUGCUUGACAAUAGCCUUGUAUUAAAUUAUUUUUUCCCAAAUCAGUGCGCUUUUAGUGGGAAUCAUUUUUUUCCAGAAAUGGCCAGGAAAUUGCCUGAUGUGUCAAUAUUUGUUGAUAAAAAAUCCCAAUUUGGUCCAUUUUGUUCCCAAAAAUUCCCAAAUUUGCCAUUUUAUCAAUUUAAAAAAUCCAAAUUUGACCAGCCUCCUUUUCCUAAAAUAGCGAGGAAAGCCCCUAGUCAAUUUAAUCAUUAAAUCAUUGAUUUACAUGAUUCCGUGCUGUAUGCAUGGUAUGAAAUUAUUCGGUUAAACUUCUGCAUGUUUUGUUAUGUCAUGGCUGUCAUGAUUGAGAGAUUGUGUUGUGUUAUAUCACAAUAAUAUAGUAUUUUUAACCAGGUUUUCCGAAGGAAAAACUGGUUAUUAGAUUGGCGAAUGCGGGCGGGCUGGCUGGCUGGCUGGCUGGCUGGCUGGCGGGCUGGCUGGCUGGCUGGCGGGCUGGCGGGCUGGCGGAAUAAGCUUGUCCGGGCCAUAACUAUGUCGUUCAUUGUCAGAUUUUAAAAUCAUUUGGCACAUUUGUUCACCAUCAUUGGACGGUGUGUCGCGCGAAAUAAUUACGUCGAUAUCUCCAAGGUCAAGGUCACACUUUGAGUUCAAAGGUCAAAAAUGGCCAUAAAUGAGCUUGUCCGAGCCAUAACUAUGUCGUUCAUCGUCAGAUUUUAAAAUCAUUUGGCACAUUUGUUCACCAUCAUUGGACGGUGUGUCGCGCGAAAUAAUUACGUCGAUAUCUCCAAGGUCAAGGUCACACUUUGAGUUCAAAGGUCAAAAAUGGCCAUAAAUGAGCUUGUCCUGGCCAUAACUAUGUCAUUCAUUGUGAGAUUUUAAAAUCAUUUGGCACAUUUGUUCACCAUCAUGGGACGGUGUGUCCCACGAAAGAAUCACGUCAAUAUCUCCAAUGUCAAGGUCGCCACGACUAAAAAUAGAUUUAAAAAAAAAAAAAAACUUACAAAGGGGGUUAAUUUUUUUUGGUCAUUUCAAAAGUUCAGUUUGAGUUUUCUCCCUUUAUCAGAUUUUUUUUUCACAAUGAAAACCUGGUUUUGUGACAAUUUUGUCCCUUGUUAGAAUAUUAUUUUUUUAAUAGUGCUAGUUAUAACAGUUGUAACAAUUUGUUUGUGUACCAUUAUUUUUAGUUGACCUGAGCACAAUAUGCUCAUGGUGAGUUUUAUGCAUUAUGACCAGCUUUCACUAAACAAGACACAUAUGUUGUCUGGGCAUCAGUGUCUGUGACACAUUUCUAUUUGUAAUGUAGAGGACCUAUACAUGUAUUAAACUGAUGAAGUACAGAUAUUCUUUAAUGCAUUGACGUUUUGAUGAGUUUCAAGGAAUGUAAUGAUCAAGGUAAUCAUUUCUUUAAAUAAUCACAAUAGGUCUGUCUUCAGUUACCUUUUUGGCUCAGUAAAUAUUUACUAAAUGAAGAUUUUGAAAAAUUAUUUAAUGGUUAUGAAGAUAAAGUUAUAGUACCGAUAGUACAUGUUCAUAAGAUACUAGUGAUCAGUAUCUAAUAGGUAUAAAAUAUAUUA